AUGAAAGGAAUUAGGGCAUUAGUUUUGCAAGAUCUUCCUCAUGUUUUUCCUUCUAAAAGUUUUCAGAACGAUUUAAAUUUAAAUCAGCGAUCAUCGACGCAACUUCACACAACAGCGUCAUCCCGACGAUUCUGGAGUUUCUUCGAGUUCUCUUCGAAGGAAGAAAACUGUCAGGAUGCGAAGAAAUGUCCCUCGUCCAAGGACAUCGUUUCAACCUCGUUAAUCUCAACGAACGAAGUCGAUGAAGUAUCGAAAUCAGGGUCGCCUAAUUUGAUCCACAAUAUUUCAACGGUGCCGCCUUCCAAUUUGAAGCGGUACAAUUCCCAGUUCGAUUUGAAAUCGAAGACUCCGAUAAGCUGUCUGAAGCUGCAGAACGUUUUGAAACAGGACAGUUUGGUGUCCCUGUUGGACGGGAAUCCUGUUCCGAAAACGCUCAAAUGGAAAUUGAAGGGUUAUAAAACCCUUCGGAACGAGCAAGCCGGCGACUUCGCAUUCGUGCCAGGUGGAAAGUCUUACGAUUUCGAUAUUCUCACCAAGGACGAGCAGCAAGAGCAGAUGAACUCGAACAAUUACGCGGACAGAUCUCGGCCGAAGGCGAAGAAUAGCGACGCGAAAAGUGAUACGAUAUGCUUGACCACGAAAUCUAUAGAGAACGUGGAGGAAAUAUUUUGCAGGAAUAAAUUGAUCGGCAAAGAUAAUUCCAUCAUCGAGGGAUCGAAGAUCGAUAAAAAGGGGACGGAUAUGGAUAGCGCGGUGACCGCCUCUAAUCAGAAGAUAUCCACCACGACGAAAUUGUUGGUCGGCAACCCUAACACCCCUAAAAAGGAGGAUAUUAAAUACCUGCCGAUCUUGAAAACCGAUUUUUCCACAAGCCAGAUGAAGUAUCAGACGCAACCGUCCGUACAGUUUUCCUCUAAACCGCCUAAGAAUAUCCCGAAACCUAUGCCGCCGAUAAUGAAGAAGCAGGAGAACAGCGAGAAAAAUUUGGUGGGUGAAGCGGAGGGGAGAAAGGUGUCGCAGGUUCCCGACCCAUCGAUAACGCCGAUCGCCUCGAGUCAAACGCCCUCUAAGGAAGAGCAAAAGUUGAAUUCGAUCCCCGAGGUGAAAAAGGUGGAUGUAAACGAUAGUAGCACGUUUCAAUUUGCAAAGGUGCCCGAACCCACGGUGCAGCAACAACAUGAACUACAACUAAUACAACAACAACAGCAGCAGCAGCAGCAGCAGCAGCAGCAACAGCAGCAACAACAACAACAGCAGCAGCAGCAACAACAACAACAACAACAAGAACAAUUGCGACUACAGCAACAACUACAACAGCAGCAACAGGAACAGGAACAACUGCGAUUAAAAUUAAAACAGGAACAGGAACAACUGCAAUUAAAAUUAAAACAGCAACAGGAACAGCAACAACAGCAACAACAACGAGCGAAAGAAGCGGCGGAAUCGACGGAAAAAGUGGCGGAGCAGGAAGUGAUGGUGGAAUCGCAAGUGAAGGAGGAAACGCAAGCUCCGGAGGACGAUAUAAUCAGUUCGAAAUACGCGUUGGAAAUGCUGAGAGCGGACGAAAUGGAGGAGAAUUUACAGGAGAACAGAUCGCAGGCGUAUUUCGAAAGCGAUAGAAACGUUUCUCAACACGCGUCGAGAGGCGUUAAAUCCGGGGAGAUGGAAACGGCGACGGAAACGGCGAACGAAGGGGAGGUGGGCGAGCCGUCGAGAAGCGAACAGAUGGAAAUGAGAGAGGUGGAGAGUGAUAUGAACGAUUCUGAACUUGCAUCAACAAAUCCUCAAGUUGAACCGACAAAGGGAACGGAAAACAUGGAAUCACCAAGCGAAGAAUUGAAAUUAAAAUUUUUCAAAUCUACUCCCGAGAAUAAACAAAGCGAUCGAGAAACCACGUAUUUCGCGCCACGAAAGUCGAACAGCAGCAGGGCUGCCUUCCAAUCCAUGGAGAAACCAAUUAUGAACAUAACCAGCCCUUACGAGAACGAGCCUCGUGUUCCAACCUCGCCUUGUGCCGCGACACAGGCUAAAUUGUUGCGGGCCAACUCGGCCAAGAAUUCUCAGGGGUCGGAGAUGGGCGGUGGUAAAGGCUCCUCCAUGGCUGGAAACUCUGGGAGGGGAUCGCGGAAACCACCGGCCUCCUAUCCCCCGUUCACGAAUAGGAGAUCGGCUUCCAACAGUUCCAACUGUUUGACCAAAAAAUUGCCGUUCGCCAGGGAAUCGGAGAACGGGCUGCGCGCGAUCAUGAACACGAGGAAUCCUUCGUCCAAUAUAUCCACUUCAACUAUGAAUUUACGGAGCAAGAAUAAGGAGAACCAGAAUUUGAAGAACCGGAAAGACAAGAAGUGCAACAAGAAGGAGUGCAAGCGUUACUGUUGUCCGGCGCUACAAACACCGACAGAUUGCGAUUACACCAAGUUUCAAUGCCCGAACACGAAACACAUCGUCAACGCUACCAAAAUGGUCCAUUACGAUCCAACCUGUUUGCCGCAAGAAGACGAGGCCGAGAUACGAGAGUUUUGCACCGAUCCGAGGUCGCAAAAGAAGUGUAACAGAGACAAUAACAGGAAUCCGAAUCGAAGCAGACGCGACAAUUCCUAUCCUGGAAGGAGGAGUCGAAACGAAAGGAGUUCGACAACGACAAAUUCGGACAGCACAAACAGAGGUACCGAGUUCUGCACGAAACCGAGAAGCAAAGACGUGAACAGAGACACGAACAGAGACGUGAACAGACGGUCGACAAGGGACGACAGUGGGAGCAGAAAUUCGGCGAAAUUUGGGAAAAGGAAUUUCACUAAUUCCGCUUACAUCAGACGGCCGAAAGCUAUGAAAAGCGUGAAACGAUUUUCCUCGUUGCCAGCCUUUGCCAUCCCCCUGCUUGGAGCGAAGGAGAGCAGAGAAGUGAGCCAAAAGAUAUUGAUCUCGCCCUCGAAAUGCAAUUUCUCGAAAUGCAAGAGGAACGACGACAGGACAAGGUGUAAACAGAACAGGUGCAAAAGGCAGACGAACAAGUGUAAAGUGCAGGGCGAUAAGAGAGGGGAGGAUAAUUGCAAAAAAGUGAAGGGUUCCUGCGACAAUAAUAACAAUGCUUGCAAGAGGCAGACUUGUAAGAGGGAGUCUAGGAAGGAUACCGAUGCGUGCCAGAGGGUGAAACCUGUCCUCUGCGACGAUAACGAAGAAAAUUCUUGCAAAAGACCUACGAAGGUGGUGGACGAUCCUUGCAAGACGGUGAGGUCACGAGGAUCUAAGAAGAGGGAUGAUUCUUCUAAAAAGGUAAGGUCAAAUUACGACACAAAUAAUAAUCCUUGUAAAAAGACUUCAGGGAAAUUGAGUUGCAGUAGUAUAACCAUGAUCAAGGAGGGUCAGUAUGGCACUAAGAAUACGGCGAACACUUUGAACAUAUGCGGCAAAAAGAGGGAACAAAUGUGCAAAGAUAGGAAAAAAACGAUAAUCCCAGAAAGCGAAAAAGCAAAAGAAUCUGCGAAAGAAAGGGUGGACAGAGAACGAAGAGAGAUCGAGGAGUGCAAGAAAGAUAUAAUGCCGAAAAAGAAGAAGGAUGAGAAAAAAGUGGUAUCCGGUUUAGAACGUGUUAUCAGUCCGUGUAAAGAGCAAUUGAAGAAGAGAGACAUGAAAUUUUCAAACUUAAAAUUUCCCUUGAAUCUUAUAAGCAGUUUGCAAGAUUCCAAAUUACUGAACGAUCGAUUGAGGAAAUUUUCCAACGAGGAACCCUAUGAGAACAAUGAUGUCGCUUGGAAUGAUUUGGUACCGGAAAAGAAAUUCUGGAUUUUCCACGAAGACUUGAACUACCCGGAUGUACCUGUUUUAAAAGAAAAUGUUGACGAUAUGCCAGAAGCAGAUGAUGAUGAUAAUGUUAGCAAUACGUGGUUCUUUUCGUGGUUCAACGGCUGUCAAUAA